AUGGCUCUGGCUCCCAUCACAUCAACGGGGGAGUUUGACUUCAUCCGCGCCUGGAACAGCACGACAAUUGACGGAGAGCCACUCCCAACACCCCUGGAGGUCAUUUCCUUCGGGAAGGAAUUGGCGGUACGAUUCGAAAACGCAGCCCACAUUGAGCAAGGUGCAGGGUGGAAAGCUAAGCUUCCUAAGGGUGUGGAGGUGAAAGCUAAGAAAUACAAGUCGCCACUGCACACAAUCUUCAAAGUGUCCAAGGUUUCCCUGGCCCCGGCGCCCCGUGUGGUCGCGGCAGUUGCAACCGCCUUUCCAGAGGACAACUUUCGCUUGUUUCAGCGCACAGUGGGUUUGACACGCGUGGACGAAUUCUACAUCGCCUUUUACCGGGCUCCCAAGAAGCAUCCUCCUACGCCACCGUAG